AUGGGGGAUCGGGACGAGGAGGAGGAGCUCCAGAUGGCGCUCCGCAUGAGCCUCCACGGCUCGCCGCCGGCGCAGCCCGAGCCCAAGCGCAGCAAGCCCCCAUCGCCCGCCGGGGAGUCGCCUGAGGCGGAGGCGCGCCGCAAGCAGCGCGAGCUCAUGGCGGCCGCCGCCGAGAAGCGCCUCCGCUCCGUGGCCCCGCCUGCCGCCGUCGCCCCGCCCGUCGCCGUCGCCCCGCUUUCCGCCGUCGUGGUGCCGCCGCCGUCCCAGCCGACGGCCGUGGUGGCGGAGCAAACUUCCGCCCCGGAGGACGUGAAGGUGGAGUCGGAAUCAACCGUGGUACCUAUGGAGGAUGUGAAGGAGGCGGAGGUGGAGUUGGAGGUUGAUGUGGGAGAGGAGGAGAAAGGGGAGGAGUUGCAUCCGGAGCUCGCCGAGAAGCUCUGGCUCAUGGUGUUUGGGAGCGGGGUUUCAAAGGCAGUGCUGGCGCAGUGGAGCAAUCAGGGUAUCAGGUUCAGCUCUGACCCAGAAACAGCUAUGGGACUGGUACAACAUGAAGGUGGCCCUUGUGGUGUCUUAGCUACAGUGCAGGCAUAUGUCCUUAAAUAUCUUCUGUUUUUCUCUGAUAAUUUGGGUAACCCAGAGGUCAGUGACCCGUCAUUUGCUCUGGGACAAAGACGAUUUUAUCAGAGUUCUUUUGCUGCAAGGGAUGAUUUUUCUUCUCUUACCGAGGAUGGAAAGACGAGAGCAUUGGUUCAUGCUAUGGUGGAAAUUCUAUUUUUAUGUGGAACUGGGAAAAGAGCUGUUGUUGCAUUCAUUGGAGGUGUCACUCGUGAGGUAAGUGGACUUGAUAACAACCAGCAGAAAGUUGAUGCUGCUUUGGAAGGCCUUUCUCUUGAAUCGGCAAUUGAUUUCCAGAAAGUUCUUAGAAUAAGUACGUUUACCUCAAGGAAGGAUGCAUUCAACAUGCUUCUGGCAAACAUUCCUCUGUUUCAAAGUCGACUGGGUGCCAUGUUAUUUCUUAUCUCUUCUUUACUUUCGCGGGGACUGGAUUGUAUCCAAGCAGAUAGGGAUGAUCCAAGCCAACCAUUGGUCACGGCUCCAUUUGGGCAUGCUUCUCAGGAAAUUGUAAAUUUAUUGCUUUGUGGAGAGGCUGUCCCAAAUGUAUUUGAUGGCAAGAUGGACCUUGGUGGCGGCAUGUCCCUGAAAGGCAUUCCAAAUGAUGUUGAAGUUGGGUUCCUUACCCUUCUGGAAUCGCUAAAUUUGUGCAAGGUUGGUCAGUACCUAAAGUGCCCGAAAUGGCCUAUAUGGGUGGUGGGAAGUGAAAGUCACUACACUGUCCUUUUUGCCCUAAAUCCCAACGUCCAAGAGGAGAAUGAGCUGGAAGAGCGGGAAUCCAAAAUUAGGAGGGCAUUUGAUGCGCAAGACCAAAGUGGAGGUGGAGGCUUUAUUGCGGUGGAGGGAUUCCAGCAAGUUCUGAGGGACACCGACAUAACAUUUCCUUCUGACAAGCUCGACGAUCUCUGUAAUGCGGGCGUUAUAGUAUGGAGUGAGUUCUGGCAGGCACUGCUUCAGUUGGAUAAAAGGGCUGGAGGCAUGAAAGAUCCAACUGGCCUUAUGGGCAAGAAGCAAUUCACUAUCUACCACUUCAAUGGAAUUGCCAAGUCAGUGCUUAAUGGGAGUGGAAACACAGGAGGAGGCUCAACUCCAAUACAAAGACCUAGGAUAUGCAAGUUAAAUGUCAGCGUCCCACCUAGGUGGACGCAGGAUGAAUACCUAGCUGAUGUUGUAAGCUCAUCGGCCAGCGGCAGCAAGAAUGACAGUGUUCUUUCUCUUGCUCCACCAGUUCAGACUGCUUGUCAGCAUGCGCCAUUAGUGGACUGCAUUAGAACUCGAUGGCCACGGGCAGCUUGCAGUUGGUCUGGAGAUGUGCCGAGUAUCGUCUGA